AUGCCAGCUCCGAGUGCACCUCCAGCCUACGGGGAUAUUGAUACCGCUUCCACGACCGAACCGCCAGCCCAGAAUCCCGUAAACCCGGAAGCCGAAAACCACGAUUCCAACGAAAUUUUUGAAAACGAGACAUCCGCCCCGCAUCUGCCCGGGUUCCCAAAGAAAAACCCGAACCCCCAGCCGCCACCCUAUCAGCCCGCCAUCAACCAGCUCGAUGAAACGAAUGCAGCGUCAUCGCGGACUAAUGUUAAUGAACCAGUAUGGCAUACAGUCACGAUGCCAAUUGAACAUGAAUGGAUUGACUCUCGGCGGUCGGGGUGCAGACAUGAUCGGCAUCGCGAAGCGGGCACCGCCGCUAUCGUUGCCGGGUCGAUCGUGAACGACUUGUUUUCAUCAAACCACAAUCGUCACAACCACCACCAUCAUCAUCACCAUCACCUCAGCAGUCAUCACCAUCACGAUCACCAUUCCAGCAGCAACUCCGAUGAUAGCGCUGCCGUCGGAAUCGCGGCCAUCGCAUGCAUUGUUUGCAACGUGUUUGGGUGUCUUAUCACAGGUGUCUACCUCCUCGCCAAGUCCUGUAAGCACCCGGGUCACUUCCGUAUCGGCUACUUCUUGGCCGGCAUAAUGUGCCUAAUCGUUCUACCAGCCGUCACGAUCACAAGUGUAAUCAUUUUCCUGCAGCACAACCCCAACUUGUUCAGUCAAAACGACAAA